AUGGUGGAUCUUAAUCUCGAGUUUCCUGUAUUUCCAAAAACUUUCGAAGAAUUCUUAAUCAAGCCCGACAAAGUUGAGGUUAAUGGUGAAACCUGGGAAUCUGCUUUAACUCUGCAGAACACAUGCCAAUGUGGAGUACUGUUCAAGGUGAAGUGCACAUCUAAUGCACGGAUAGAGAUAGACGAUUGCGCUGAUAUUCUUCUACCGGGAAACGAGGUACAGGUGCCAUUCAGAAAGAAAUGUGCUGCCAGUGGGCAAGACCAGCUGAUGGUGUUGUACUGUCUUGUGGGGAAACAGUGGAUGAGUGAAGGAUCUAGCGCGUUCAGAUGUUGGGAAAGAGCGAAGAAACAAGAUGUUAUCACAAGAAGAAAGAUCAUUAACAUCAUCGAAAAGUGA